UCUACGCAUGCCCAGUAACAGUUUGUGCGCCCGCGGUACGGCAAGUUAAACGACCUCGAACGUUGCCGCUCGUCGCUCGUUGAACAUUUGUGUUGCUGCGUUCCAAUACGGAAAAUCUGCAACCAUCUUGCGAGCAGAAUGACAUCCUUACUUACAAAACCCAAGUCAGAAAUGACUCCAGAAGAGCUCGCACAAAGGGAACAGGAAGAGUUUAACACAGGACCUCUCUCUGUGUUGACCCAAUCUGUGAAAAACAACACACAAGUUCUCAUCAACUGUAGAAACAACCGAAAAUUGCUGGCUAGAGUGAAAGCCUUUGACAGGCACUGUAACAUGGUUCUGGAAAAUGUUAAGGAAAUGUGGACUGAAACUCCCAAAUCUGGCAAAGGAAAGAAGAAAGCUAAGCCAGUCAACAAGGACAGAUAUAUUGCUAAAAUGUUUCUUCGAGGGGACUCUGUGAUUUUAGUACUAAGAAAUCCUCUAGCGACGGCGAAGUGAGACUUAUGUACUUCACCUUUAUACUAUAGUAUACUCUAAUGAGUGUACUCAUCUGGGCCAGGAGUGACUGUAUUAUAGUGCAUUUACCAUCUUUUUUUAAUCAAGAGCAUUCAUUUAGCUAUUACUUGAUAACAACUCAACUUUUAUUUUCUGUUAAAGGACAGUUGAUUAUCAAUGUAUUUUGAGCAAAGACUGACGAAAUGGUUGCCAGUUGGAAUUAGUACUUCAUGUGUUGUGCUAAUUGUAUGUUUUUUCAACUCAUCCUAGCAUGCUAUUGAUGUAGUAUAACUGUCAUAAAAACAGCUCCACUGCCA